AGUCCUUCGGGUCCCUCUAGCUCGAGCUUUUCUCCGAGGCCAGGAAGCCUCGAGGACUUCAGGUCCCACAACCCACGCCCCGGCGAGCAGGAGGGCAGGCAGGCGAGCGGGGCGGGGCGCGGCCUGGGGGGACUCCUUGGAGCCUCCUCCCCAGCUGAGCCGGGGUCCUAGACUGGGAACCCGGGGCUCGCCGGGGACCCCGCGGUCGCCGUGAUGCAGAAGUAUGAGAAGCUGGAGAAGAUAGGCGAAGGCACCUAUGGAACAGUGUUCAAGGCCAAGAACCGAGAGACACACGAGAUUGUGGCACUGAAACGGGUUCGCUUGGACGAUGAUGACGAGGGAGUACCAAGCUCUGCCCUGAGAGAGAUCUGCCUGCUUAAGGAGCUGAAGCAUAAGAAUAUUGUCAGGCUUCAUGACGUUUUGCACAGUGACAAGAAGCUGACCCUGGUUUUUGAAUUCUGUGACCAAGAUCUGAAGAAAUAUUUUGACAGUUGCAAUGGAGACCUGGACCCUGAGAUUGUGAAGUCAUUCCUUUUCCAACUGCUAAAAGGCCUUGGAUUCUGCCACAGCCGUAAUGUUCUGCACCGGGACCUGAAGCCCCAGAACCUUCUAAUUAACCGGAAUGGGGAGCUCAAGCUUGCUGAUUUUGGCUUGGCUCGAGCCUUCGGGAUCCCUGUUCGAUGUUACUCUGCAGAGGUGGUCACUUUGUGGUACCGCCCACCAGAUGUCCUGUUCGGAGCCAAACUAUACUCCACAUCCAUUGACAUGUGGUCAGCUGGUUGCAUCUUUGCAGAGCUGGCCAAUGCUGGACGGCCCCUCUUCCCUGGGAAUGAUGUAGAUGAUCAACUGAAGAGGAUCUUUAGGCUGCUGGGGACACCAACUGAGGAGCAGUGGCCUGCCAUGACCAAGCUUCCAGAUUAUAAGCCUUACCCUAUGUAUCCAGCAACAACAUCACUAGUCAAUGUUGUACCCAAGCUCAAUGCCACAGGGAGGGACCUAUUGCAGAACCUGCUCAAGUGUAACCCAGUUCAGCGCAUCUCAGCGGAAGAAGCUUUGCAGCAUCCCUACUUCUCUGACUUCUGCCCUCCCUAGAGGUCUCCUUUUCCCUUUCCUUGUCCAGAGAACCAAGCCCACUACCCUUGACCCUUCCUCUAGGCCCUCAGAUUGGGAGCUGCUCAAUGCACUCUCUCCUUGCUGGCCCACCAUGUUCCCUACCUACCCAGGGACCUCGUGUUGAGGCAGGAGAAAUAGACCCUGGAAACUAAGGGGUUUGAGGCUCCUUUGUCCUCUCUUCUCCCCUGGCCCUUCCCCAGUCUCUCCCACCCCACUGGAAAAGGGGUAGGGGUGGGGAUGGUGCUAUGCACUUAAGCUCUGCUACUUGGGCCAGAUGUUUGGGGCCAGUCUUGGUGGGUUAGGGGUGUGAAGGAUGGAUGCCAGCCGGAACCCCUGUCCCCCAAGUUCCUGUGCUCCUUCCCCUUGUGUAUGGACUUUAUUUAAUUUCAUAAAUUGGCUUCUUUCCCACAA